UUAACUGAAGCCAUAUAUAUCUGACCAUUCACGAAAAAUAAUGGGAGCAGGAGAAGACCUUAACAAGAUGGCGAAGUUUGUUCGGACGAACAACAAGAGCCUGGAGAGUCUGCUAGACAUGGACAAAUCAGCACAGGUGAAGAAAAAUAUGGUCAGACAAAACAGCAGAAAGAUAGUACCUGGUCAAGGCCUUGAGUUCAGCAACUUAUCUUACAGUGUAGUGAAGAAGCUGAAGAAGGAUGGUGUGUGGAUCAACAAAGAAACAUACCUUCUCAAUGACAUCUCUGGACAGGCCUUGAGAGGGGAAGUUAUGGCCAUCAUGGGCCCGAGUGGAGCGGGGAAAUCUACCUUUCUUGAUGCUUUGGCCGGGAGGAUUCAUCAAGGGAGUCUUGAAGGAUCUGUCAGAAUUGAUAGCAAGCCAGUCUCAACAAGCUACAUGAAGAUGAUUUCAUCUUACGUUAUGCAAGACGACCAGCUCUUUGCGAUGCUGACAGUCUAUGAGACCUUCAUGUUUGCAGCUGAGGUCAGGCUUCCGCCUUCUAUUUCCAGGUCUGAGAAGAAGAAAAGAGUCUAUGAGCUUCUUGACCAACUUGGUUUAACGAGUUCAGCACAUACUUACAUUGGUGAUGAAGGAAGGAGAGGAGUGUCAGGUGGUGAGAGGCGCAGGGUGUCUAUUGGAAUCGACAUAAUCCACAAACCAUCUUUGUUGUUCCUCGAUGAACCAACUUCUGGCCUUGAUUCUACAAGUGCUUUCAGUGUUGUAGAGAAAGUGAAGGACAUUGCUAGAAGUGGUAGUAUCGUCCUCAUGACUAUCCACCAGCCUUCUUUCAGGAUUCAAAUGCUCCUGGACCGUAUCACUGUCCUAGCCAGGGGAAGGCUUAUAUAUAUGGGAAACCCGUCUGCGCUUCCUGCUCACCUCUCAGGAUUCGGAAGGCCAGUUCCUGAAAGUGAGAAUAGCUUAGAGUACCUACUUGAUGUGAUCAAAGAAUACGAUGAAUCAACUGUGGGGCUUGAUCCUCUUGUUUUAUACCAAUGUGAUGGCAUAAAGCCUGAUCAAGCAGCUAGAACUCCUGUUCAGAGAAUGCCAAGAACACCCAAAACACCACGACAGAAGACCCCGGGGCCUAAACACAUCAGCCUCCGUAGCCAUCAAUUCACUGUUGGAAACGCGACCCCCAGAGCAGAAUCAGGCAGAUCAUUUGACUAUAAUGAUGACGACAACGAUGAAGACUUUGACAACUCCCUGGAACGCAGCAAAACUGUAAACACACCAAUGCACAUGCAAACCAGCGGGGUCUACAAUCCACGAUUAGCCUCUCAAUUCUACAAAGACUUCUCGGUUUGGGUUUACCAUGGAGUGAAGGGAACACCCCGUCGACAACCAUCAUGGACCCCGGCAAGAACUCCAGGAAGAACACCUGGAAAGACACCUGUUUCAAGUUCAAGAAGUCAUCUGUCCAGCAGAUACUCAACCCCUCAACAAAACCGCCCCCAAUCCAAAACCCCAGUAGUUUUCAGCCCAUCAGCAGCAGAGCCUUACUCUGCUUCUUAUGACCAGUUUGACACCCAAAUUCUUGAUGAACCUGCCAACCACGGGCCUAAGUUUGCAAACCCCUGGUUCCGUGAAAUCGCAGUCCUCUCCUGGCGCACAGCCCUCAACGUGGUCCGAACCCCUGAACUAUUCCUCUCACGAGAGAUUGUUCUUGCUGUCAUGGGCCUCGUUCUCGCCUCCCUAUUCAAAGACUUGCAUCACCGUGACUUCCAAACCAUCAAUCGCCUCCUCAACUUCUACAUCUUUUCAGUUUGCCUCGUGUUCUUCUCCUCCAAUGAUGCAGUCCCUACUUUCAUCCAAGAAAGAUUUAUUUUCAUCCGAGAAACUUCUCACAACGCCUACCGGGCUUCUUCCUAUGUCAUCUCUUCGCUCAUAGUUUACCUCCCAUUUUUCGCUAUCCAGGCCUUCACAUUUGCAGCAAUCACCCUCUUCAUACUUGAUCUCCAAAGCAAUCUUCUCAGAUUCUGGAUCAUCCUUUACUCCUCGCUGAUCACCACCAACGCGUAUGUGAUGCUUGUCAGCGCCCUUGUUCCAAGUUACAUAACCGGCUAUGCAGUUGUCAUUGCCACCACUGCUCUUUUCUUCCUGACUUGUGGAUUUUUCUUAAAGGUGACUCAGAUUCCCAUGGUCUGGAAAUGGCUACAUUACAUAUCUGCCAUCACAUAUCCAUUCGAGGCCUUACUGAUCAACGAAUUCAAAAACGACAAAUGCUACAAUGGUGACCCUGCAGAUCUCUCACCUGGUCCUUUAGGAGAAGUGAACAUCAGCAAAGCACACAGCGUCUACGGGGUAUUUCAGAACUGCACAUUGAUAGGAGAAGAUGUUCUCUUCUCCAUGGGGAUUACGAAAGAGAACAUCUGGUAUGACAUUGGCAUUUUGCUGGCCUGGGGUGUACUUUAUCGCCUCCUUUUCUAUGUUGUUCUCAGAUUCUACUCUAAGAACGUUAGAAAGUGAAGACUGUAGUAAAAUGUCAUGUCUGUUCACUGCUAAUCAAGUAUUAAGUCCCAGAUUUUUCGGAUUAUCA